AUGUCCCACGAACCAAAGGACAUUGAGCCGCAUGUCGCGGCUGUCACUCACCAUGAGGGCAGUGACAGCCGCGAGGAGAUCCAUGCCCAACGAACUGUCACCCAUGAUGCUGAGAAGGUCCAUGAUGCUGAGCAGAUUGAAAGCUAUGAUCCCGAACUGGAGCACAUUGCCACCAGGUUUGGCGGUGAUGGCCCCGACGGCCUAGCACCCAAGGAAGAUCUCCAGGAAAUCAUGGACAAGGUCGGCGAGCUUUCCGUAGAGGAGGCGCGCCAGAUCCUCGAAGAAAUGCUCGACUACCACCGCUACGACUACAACUUCCCCGCGCUGACCCGCGAAAAGAUGCAGUCGCUGAUCGAGGGCCCUGCACCUGGACAAAAGGAAAUCGACUGGCGUCUGGAGAUCAAGACGGAGGCCGCGCUCAACAAGUUCUACUCGCCAUACCCCGAGGUGCGCGCCGUCACUGAGCCCAAGGACGACGUCGACAUUCCCUGUGAGACGCUGCGAGCCCAUUUCCUCGGCUACGUCUGGGCCAUUAUUGCGCAGUUCACCAACGGCCUCUUCAUGUCCCGCUACCCCAACAUCACCAUCACCUCGCCUGUCAUCCAGCUGCUUCUGUACCCUUGCGGUCUCGCCCUGGCGCUUGUUCUGCCCGAUUGGGGCUUUACUGUGGGCGGCAAACGCGUGUCGCUGAACCCUGGUCCAUGGACCUACAAGGAACAGAUGCUUGCUACCGUCAUUGUCAACGUCAGUGUCACUACGGCCUACUGCUUCUACAAUAUCCAGACCCAGGAUGUUCUGUACAAGGACAAGUGGUUGACCCCUGGCUACGAGAUCCUCCUGCUCCUUUCCACACAGCUCAUGGGUCUGGGUUUCGCUGGCUUGAUGAGACGUUUUGCCGUGUACCCCAUUGAGGCUAUCUGGCCGUCUAUUCUCCCCACGGUUGCGCUCAACCGCGCUCUUCUCGUCCCCGAGACAAAAGCUCGCAUUCACGGCUGGAGCAUCAGCCGCUACCGCUGGUUCUUCAUCUGCUUUGUCGGCAUGUUCGUGUACUUCUGGAUUCCCGGCUACCUGUUUACCGCGCUGAGCACCUUUGCUUGGAUGUGCUGGAUUGCACCCAACAACUUCAACCUCAACGUCGUCACUGGCGGAGCCCAGGGCCUGGGCCUCAACCCUAUUCCUACCUUUGACUGGAACGUUGCGUCGCUGCUUGUCCAGCCUCUUCAGACACCCUUCUUCUCUACAAUGCAGCAGGCGUUUGGCUCGCUUCUCAGUGCCCUGAUCAUCCUGGCUCUCUACUACAACAACGUCAACUGGUCCGGCUACCUGCCCAUCAACAGCUCGCACAUCUUCAACAACACGGGUGGUCGCUACGAGAUCAGCAAGGUGUUGUACCCCGGCACUGCUAUUGUCAACCAGACAGCUUACGAAGAGUAUUCGCCUCCCUACUACGCUGCCUCCAAUCUGGCUGUCUACGGUGCCUUCUUUGCCUACUACCCCUUUACCAUGGCCUUCAUCUGCCUGGAUGCCUGGCGUCCUCUCCUCCGCGCUACCAAGGCUAUGAUGCGCGCCAUGGUCAACACGGUUAAGAGCACCCUGCGAACCACAUUCCUUGUCCUCAAGAACCUCGUGACGUUCCGAUUCAAGGAGGCCGGUCGUGCCAUCUACGACAUGACGUCGUUUGAUGAGUCUAUUUACGAUGAAUUUGACAACCCGUUCACGAACAUGAUGCGCAACUACGCAGAAGUUCCCGAUUGGUGGUUCCUGAUGAUUGCCUUUAUUGCCUUCAUCUUUUCCAUCAUCAUCCUCACCCACUGGACAGAGUUAGAUACCCCCGUCUGGACCAUCUUCUUCGUCAUUGCCCUCAACCUUGUCUUCAUGGUGCCAAUGACGUACCUCUAUGCCAUCUCAGGAACCACAGCCGGCUUGAACGUCUUGACUGAGCUUGUUGUUGGUUACGCCCUUCCUGGCCGCCCCGAGGCCCUCAUGUUUGUCAAGGCCUUCGGAUACAACAUUGCUGGACAGACAGAUACCUACGUCAGUGACCAAAAGAUGGGCUGCUAUGCAAAGAUUCCUCCCCGAUCCAUGUUCCGUGGUCAAGUCAUCAGCGCCGUUAUCACUGCCCUGAUCUGCUAUGCCACUGUUAACUUUGUCGACACGAGCAUUGAGGGAAUCUGCACCCCUGACCAAGCCCAAAAAUUCACUUGCAAUGCCAGUUCCAUCACCUUUUUCUCUGCCUCUGUUGUUUGGGGCGCCAUUGGUCCCCAGCGUGUCUUUAGCCAAAUCUACCCCGUUAUGCAGUACUGCUUCCUCUUUGGAUUCCUUCUUGCUCUUGUCUGGUGGACUGGAAAGCGCAUGGGCACACGCAUUCGUGAUGCUGCCAAGUCAGCCCUGCCCUCUGGCGUAUUCAACGUCGUCAACGCCGCUCUCUUCACUCCCUUGUCGUGGCUCAAGAAUGUCCACCCCUCUCUCAUCCUCAUCGGCUUCCUCAACUGGCCAUACAACUUCAACUACUACCUCACACCGGCCUACUUUGGCUUCGUCUUCAUGUGGUACCUCAAGAGAUACAAGACGGCCUGGUGGGAGAAGUACACCUUUGUUACCUCUGCUGGCUUCACCGGCGGUCUGGCCUUUUCUGCCAUCAUCAUCUUCUUUGCCGUGCAGUGGAAGGAAGUCGAUGUCAACUGGUGGGGUAAUACUGUCAACUCUGGCACGUUGGAUGGCGGCGGUGGCGACAUUCCUUUUGUCUUGCUUCCCGACUUGCCUGCCAAGGGAUACUUUGGUCUUGACAAGUGGUAUUGAUUUGUUUCCUAGCCCAUUGAGGGUUUAACGGAUCUGUUGUAGUUUUUGAUAUCCCAAGAAUGAAGUAAUACCAAUUUUUG